GUGAGAGCGUGGGGGGGUUUGCCUCGCGCUCGGGCUGCAAUGAACACGGCGAUACAAAGCUGCUCUUGACCAUGUAACAGGAUUGCAGUUCACGGGAUAUUCACGAGCGAACGCUGCGGCAGGCAUUCAGCAGGUGAAAAGGUUAACAAUGCACUGACCAAUAGGAUCACAAGACCUGCCACAAUUGUCAAGAGAUGAAUGAUAUUGUCUAAAGGUCCGGGCAGAUGACCUUUAUGGGGAUGUGAAGAUGAACUGAAGCAAUCCUUCAUUCUGACUGAGGAUUCCAGCUGCAUUCAUGAAGCAUAAUUGUUAGUGGUUUGUGGCCAGUUUGAUUGGCUGAGUCUUCCUGGUGCUCUGUGAGCAGUUCUUUAAAUGGUCAUGGCAAAGACAACCGAUUCCCUUAAUCUGUCCUUCCUCCUGGAGCACGAAAGGCAGAUGAUCCUGAGUGUUCUCCAGAAAGACGAGAAACUCCGCAAACGAGAGGAGAAACGCAUCAGGAAACUGAAAAAUGAGCUUCUGGAACUGAAGCGAGCCGGGCGGCGUAGUUCAGCGGAUCAGCGUGAGUGUGCUGUAUGUCUGCGUGCUCUGGGUCUCAUCCUGCAGAGGGGUAAUGUGUGCACCAACUGUCAUCGGCGCAUCUGCAACUUCUGCACUGCUACGCCUCCAGACAGCAACUGCAAAUGCACCGUGUGUGCGAAGACUGCGGAGCUGAAGGUGGUUACAGGAGAAUGGUUUCUGGAAGAGAGAUCCAAGAGGUACCAACAUGCCAUCAUUGCCAGCAGUGAUGUAGUCAAACAGUCAAUCAUCAGCAGUCCUCCAGAUGGAGGCUCUGCUCACAGAUCAUCAGAGAUGGAGAGAUCAUCCACGCCACAGUCUGAGAGAUCAGCUACGCCCCAAUCCCAGAAAAGCACAGGGAAGAACAGGAAAGGGAAGAGAGCGGUUGCAGUGGAAUCGUCAGGGUUACCAACAGUACCCAAUAACAUGAGAGCACAAAUGGUGAAAACACCAAACCAGACGGAGACGAGAAACAAGCCGGAUGGGGCAGAGAGCGUGUCUAGUAUACAAAGCAGUGACAGCGUUCCUGAAAAGAUGGCGGAUGGGCGGAGACAAAUGGAUUCUAGCACACCCUCUAUUGCCGUAUCCAGAGCCUCCCUCUCAUCAGAUCGCAGUCGCUCUGAGGUGGACCUCAGUAAUCCUGGUGAGGGGUUCAGUGAAGACCCUCUGAUUAGUCGAUGCCGCUCAGUUCCAGGCCUGAACGAUGUGGACUCGGAUGAGGACAUCGAUGCGGUGUUAUCAGCACACUAUAAAACCAACCGGAGCGUCUGCAGCGCGCAAUCAGUGUCUUCCACACCUGCCUCGGAGAGAAAGUGGGGUUUCCUUAAUGUACCUGACUCAGAUGCUGACACUACCAGCAUCAACAGUAUGAUGAGCGUGUACAGUGAGACGGGGGACUAUGGCAACGUGCGGGUUUCCGGGGAGAUCCUGCUCAACAUCUCUUACAGCUAUAAAACAGGGGCACUCAACGUGCUCGUCCGCGAGUGCCGCUGCCUAGCAACCGGGGAUGAGAGGAGACAGCGCACGGAUGCCUAUGUUAAAACAUAUCUCCUGCCAGACAAGUCCCGUCAAAGCAAGAGGAAAACCAGCAUCAAAAGCAACACCACUAACCCAGUGUUCAAUGAAAACCUGAGGUACGUGGUCAGUUACUCUCAGCUGGAGAUGCGCACACUGCAGGUUUCAGUGUGGCAUCAUGAUCGUUUUGGACACAACAACUUCCUGGGGGAGACGGAGCUGACCUUUGACUCCUGGGAGUUUGAAACGCAGAUAGAGGAGUGGUUCGCUCUACAGCCCAGGAGUGAGUCUUAUGUGGACUCAGUGAUGCACUACAAAGGAGAACUGACGGUGGUUUUGAAGUACAUUCCUGCAGAGAGAAAUGUCUCCCUGCCUCUGGACCAAGUGCAAGUGAAAAAAGGAUUUCUAAAAGGAAAGAAGAAGAACAUCACUCUUCCUAAAGGAGGAAUGGUGGAGCUGCUGGUUAAGGAGGCAAAAAACCUGACAGCCGUCAAAGGAGGGUCCUCUGACCCGUUUGUUAAAGGAUACCUGCUGCCUGAUGACAAGAAAAGCACAAAGCACAAGACCGCCGUGGUGAAGCGCACCGUAAAUCCACGCUGGAAUCACACCUUCACAUACUGCGGCCUGCAGCACAGCGAUCUGGACAACGUGUGUCUGGAGCUGACAGUGUGGGACAGAGAGCCCUUCGCCAGUAACGUCUUCCUGGGUGGUGUGCGGCUCGGGGCAGGGACAGGUCUGAGUUAUGGGAAGGAAGUAGAUUGGAACGAUGCCUACGGGGAAGAGCAGCGGCUAUGGCAACGCAUGAUUGACAACCCUGAGGUCCCGCAAGAGUGCACCCUGAUGCUGCGAUCCAGCAUGGCCAAGAGGAAGACAUAGAGAGAAAGA